GAAUUGAGUCGUAUAGAAAACUGUCAACAGAAAACCAUGUCAUUCCAGAUUCUAUAAGGUGAAUCAAUUCUACGAACUUGUUUUCUUCUCAACCAUUUUCAAGCGAUUCUCGUUCAUUUUUCGGUCAAACAAAUCUACGAUUGUUUCAUUUUACAUUGAUUGUAGUGAAAUACGUAAUACAGUGAUAAAAAAAAAUAUCAUGAAAUUUCCCUAUGACAUAAGUUCAUUUGCACGAAUUUGAAAGCUGACAUUUUUGUGUUGUGAGGUGUUUUUUUUCAUCUUCUUUCGUUGGAAUCGCUUUGAAAAUGGAUACAGCCCAAACGCAGGACGGUAUCAAUUUAAUUGAAUUACAGAAAAAAUUGGCGACCGUUGAAGCGGACAACAAAACCAUACGGGAGGAAUUUAAUGUACAAAGAGCCCAAUUCAAAGAUUUAUUCUUGCAAAAAGAAGCUGAAUGCAAAAGGUUAAGCGAACAAUUAGACGAUCUGCGAAAGGAGUUGAAUGAGACAAAAAGUCAAGUUGUAGUUGCCGAGUACAAACGGGAAACCGAUAUUCAAAACCAAGAUCGAAAAGCACAAGAGGAAAUUUCGUCGCUGCAACAUUUAGUGCAUGAAACGGUUGAAGAGUCGAGCUUCUUGAAAUCGGAGAUCGAUCGUUUGGCUGUCGAGAAUGAACGUCUUCGAGCUGAACUCAUUCAUUCACAGCCCUCACAUUCACCACAGCCACAUGAAUCACAAUCAAGCACACCAAGUUUUGCACCAGUUUUAAGUCAAGUAAAGAAAACAUUGAAAUAUGUCAAAUUAGGCGGCGAUUCGUCGGCAACCAAUGAAAAUCUUGAGGAUUCCAUGCGGAAGGUAAACUCAAAAUAUGCACAAGAAGAUGCGGAAGUAUUGCGAUCGUUGGUGAUUCCGUUGGAAGGUGAAAUCAAUGCGCUCAAAGAAAAACUUCGAACGGCCGAUGAGGAGAUACAAAAAUUGCGUUCAGCUGAUGGUAUAUCAAAUGCUGGUGAAAUCAAUCAUAGCUCGGCCCUCGUUGGCAUGUUGAAUGAAAGCAAAUCAAACCAAAAUCACGAAACAGCAGAUGCAACCGUGACAUUGGAAACAACGGAAGAGUCCCAGAAUGCGCACGAUUGCCAGCUGUGUAAAAACUAUGAAUCACAAUUGGUAACGGUACAGGCUGAAAAGGAUACACUUCGCAAAGAUAUUGAUCGUUAUAACGAGGAAUUGGCCAAGGAAGCGGCGUUGAGACACGAUUUGGAAAAUAAAUGGCAGGAAAAACGCGAAAAGUACAAUGAGCAAGUGCAACAAUUGACGAAAAAAGUGGAUUACAAUGAAAAGGAAAUGGCCGCACUGCAACGACACUACACCGCGUUCAAAGAGGAAGUGAAUGAGGAAUUUUCAAAAAUGGCCAACGAACGGGAAAUGAUACAUCGCCACCAGACCACACUACAGGAUGACAAUGAUUUCCUGGCCGGACGAUACAUGGCUUCUUCCGAAGAAAUGCAAAAUCAACUCAUUGACUUGCCCAACACCGUCGAAGAACUACAAGAGAUUCUAUUGCAGAGCCAUCAAAGUUUGAUCGAGGCACGGGUGGGUUGUGAAUUUGCACAGCGUAAAUGUAACAGCUUCUCAGAUGAAGCACAAGUGUUACGAGAUCAACUGCAAACAGCAUGGGCAGAACGACAGGCCAGUGAUAGGGAUUUUACAGCAAGAAUCAAAUCGUUAGACACUCAUCUAAAGGCUCAAGAGAGUGAACGGUUAAAACUAUUAAACCUAAAGGAUUUGUACGAAAAGAAAGAAAUCGAAUGGAAUAAGCAAUCAUCUGAGCUUCGUGGUCAACUCAUUGAACUAAAUGAAUCAAAUGAGAAACUCGAACGACAAAAUAUGGAGUUUAAAAAUAAAAUAUCGGUGCUGCAACAAGAGCUUGGCAACAGCGAAGCUGUUCAAAAGGAUUUUGUUCGUUUAUCACAAUCGCUGCAAAUGGAAUUGGAAAAGAUCCGUGCAGCCGACACUCAGGUGCGUUGGCAAGACGAUGAGGAUGUGGACGAUUGUCGUAGUUGCAAGGCAAAUUUCACUGUUACACGAAGAAAACACCAUUGCAGACACUGUGGUUCAAUUUACUGUGAAAAAUGUCUAACAAAAACGGUCGCGUCUGGUCGCAACAAUAAGCCAGCCCGUGUUUGUGAUGUUUGUCAUACGUUAUUGGUUAGGAACACAGCCCCAUACUUUAGUCAAGCACCGCCGCAAUCACCACAUUAAACAGACGUUUCGCUUGUGCUGUCUGCAAACAUUUUUCAAUUUUUUUCUACGGAAUUCUUCGUUUUACAUCCAGAGAAAAUUUCUUUGUUUUUUCUUUUCGGCAUAAACUUGUACAUAGUUGAUAGAUUUCAAAUCAAAUCAAGCAUUUUGUUGAAUAUUUUCCCUUUUUCUCAUCGAUACACAUAUAUCAUACUUUUGCAUUUGUUAAGGUGCUUCUUUUGUCAACAUUGAACAGCAACAAAAAUUUCAAUAAAAUCACAUUUUUAGGAUACAUUCCAUUAAGAA